AUGCGUGCUGAGCAGACCAUUCUCGCCUUCAACUCCCUUUUUGGUGCUGCCACGACACCAUUCGGAUGUGGUGAAGUCAACGUCUUUUACACUGGUCUGCCAGGUCGGCAUCAGUAUGUCACGUCGCAAGGCUACGAUGCCAAGCUGGUAGAAGAACAGAUCUUCAACCACACACGCGAACUACGCGAGGCUGGCUAUAAUGUGCGAGCUGUUUGGCGAGGACCCGAGAUGCCACCAAAUGAGUUCGUUGAUCAGAUGAAGGACGUUCACUGGCAUGCAGCUGGUAUAGGCUUUGGAGUGAGAGGAUCACAGAUCCCAGAAGUCAUCGGGCUUUUUGAAGAAACCAUCGAUAUCUUCCGCAAAGAAGCCCCCGAUGCCAAUCAAACGGUACUUUCCUCUGUCAAGCGAUUGCAAGGAUCAUCCGGGCAAAGACUUGGGAUAUGUGACGCUUUGUGA